UUUGUGACUGAUUUUAGAUGGAAAAAAAAAAGGAAUUGUAACCAUAGUGGGAGUGAUAUCUCUGUUAACGUGUGUACUCCUUGGGAACACUUCUUAUGUUUUAUUUUGAAAAUCAGUGCGCUAAACUUUAAUGCGCAAUGGUUUUGAUGUGUUGAUAGUAAUUUUUUAAUGUUUUUAAUUCGGUACUAAGAUACCAUUUUAAUAAGACUGGAGUGAAUUUCCGAUGGCAUCCAAAAGAUUUCGUAUGGCAGUGAUUCAGUUGGCUGUAGGGGCCAAUAAGACUGAAAACAUUAAAAGAGCAGUAAACUUUGUGAAGGUGGCAAAGGAAAAUGGGUCCACUGUGGUAGCACUGCCAGAGUGUUUCAAUUCUCCGUACGGCACAAAAUAUUUUCCUGAGUAUGCUGAGACAAUAUCAUCUGGUGAAACAUGCCAGGCCCUCUCAAAAGCGGCCAAGGAAAAUGGCAUUUAUUUGAUUGGAGGAUCAAUACCAGAGAAAGAUGGUGACAAAAUUUACAACACGUGCACGGUGUGGAAUCCAGACGGAAUACUUAUUGGUGCGCACAGAAAGGUUCAUUUGUUUGAUAUUGACAUCCCCGGUGGUGUGAAAUUCAAAGAGUCUGAGAUUCUCAGUCCAGGAGACAAAUUUACAACUUUCAACACAGACGUUUGUAAAAUAGGAAUUGGAAUCUGUUAUGAUAUUCGUUUUCAAGAAAUGGCUUGUAUAUAUAAAAAUCAAGGUUGUGAUGUCCUCGUAUACCCAGGAGCAUUCAACAUGACCACGGGUCCGUUACACUGGGAGCUCUUGCAGAGAAGCCGUGCUGUUGACAACCAAGUGUUUGUGGCUACUGUGGCUCCUGCUCAAGACAAGACUGCUGACUACGUUAGCUGGGGACAUUCAGCAGUUGUUGACCCCUGGGGAAAACUCAUUUCUAAAACUGAGUUUGCAGAAGAUGUUAUUUAUGCCGAUAUUGAUCUAAAAGUUUUAGGAGAUAUAAGACGUCAAAUACCAAUUUCAAACCAAAGAAGAACAGAUUUAUAUGAAACAGUGAACAAAUCAAGCUGAUUUUUUUAUCUUGGUCAAGAAAUGUCUUGGGGGUAUGUGGAAGAGAAUGAAUAUUUUGCUUAACAUUUUAUAUUGGUGAAUAUUGAUAUGGUUGAUAUAUAUUGUAUAAAUAACCAAGUUUAUUAUUG